UAUAUUGUUGUCCUCUUUACUUCCAGCAAUGGCUUCCUUAGAGAAUCAGCCCAAUCCUGCCAUCCCUUCGUGUGCCAACAGCGAGGCCGAUCUAAACCCUAACAUUGCUUUUGUUUCUGCAAUGGAAAUGGCAUCUUCUCUUAUCCUUCCUAUGGUGCUCAGAGCUGCUUUGGAGUUGGAUCUGCUAGAGAUAAUAGCUAGAGCUGGCCCAGAUGCUCAGCUCUCAGCUUCAAUGGUAACAUCUCAGCUCCCAACACAGAACCCAGAUGCCCCUAUGAUGGUUGAUCGCAUACUAAGGUUUCUAGCCAGCCACUCCAUGCUCACUUGCUCUCAUGUUACCCAUGAGAAUGGCCGUGUUGAAAGGCUCUAUGGUUUGGCACCACUCUCCUUUUUUUUUGUUGGAAAUCAAGGUCCAGACAUCACUGGUUUCAUCAAGUUAUUAACCCAUAAGGCCUACUUUGAAAGCUGGUACCAAUUAAAAGAUGCUGUUCUUGAAGGAGGGACUCCAUUUGACAAGGCUCAUGGCAUGUCUAUGUUCGAGUAUGCUGCUACCGAUCCAGGUUUCAGUGAGAUUUUCACUAAAUCAGUGGCAAAGGCUAACUUGUCAAUUAUGGAGCAAAUACUUGUGAAAUAUAAUGGAUUCGAAAAUGCAAAAGUGGUUGUUGAUGUGGGUGGUGGGAUUGGAGCUAUGCUUAACUUGAUCACUUCAAAGUACCCUACUAUUAAGGGCAUUAACUUUGAUUUGCCUCAUGUCAUACAAAAUGCCCCAUCUUAUACUGGUGCGGAGAAUGUAGGAGGAGAUAUGUUUGUAAGUGUUCCGAGAGGAGAUGUCAUCUUACUGAAGGCAGUACUUCACAACUGGAAUGAUGAUCAAUGCUUGAAGUUAUUAAUGACUUGUUACAAAGCAUUACCAGACCAUGGAAAGGUGGUUGUUAUUGAUGGAGUUCUUCCUGAAGUUCCUGAGCCCAAUAAUGAAGCCAAAUUAGCCUUUCGGACAGACAUUCUUAUGAUGGUUCAGCAUAUUGGAGGAAAGGAGAGGACAGUUAAGGAGUUUGAAGAAUUGGCAAAGGGAGCAGGUUUUAUUGGUACUAAGGUAGUUUGUUGUGUUUUAAACCAUUGUGUCAUAGAAUUCUAUAAAUAAGGCAAGUGGUACUCUUCACUUUUGAGUGUUCGUAAGACUUCAAUAAUGACCUUUUCGUUUUAAUAAACUCAUGAUGUUAGUUUGAUCUA